AUGGGUGAUAUUGUUAAUGAUAAGCCAGUGCUGUAUUCUUACUGGAGGAGUUCUUGUUCCUGGCGAGUGAGGAUUGCAUUAAAUCUUAAAGAGAUCCCAUAUGAUAUAAAAGCUGUUAGUCUGAUUAAGGGAGGCGGAGAACAGCAUUGUAAUGAAUAUAGAGAGGUGAACCCGAUGGAACAAGUACCCUCACUUGUUAUCGAUGGGCAUACAUUAAUUGAAUCUCUAAGCAUAAUGCAUUAUUUAGAAGAAACAAGACCACAGCGACCACUUAUGCCUCAAGAUUGUUUUAAAAGAGCUAAAGUUCGAGAAAUUUGUGAGAUUAUAGCAUCAUCAAUACAACCUCUGCAGAAUUUAAUAGUCCUCAUAUAUGUGGGUGAAGAUAAAAAGAAGGAAUGGGCCCAGCAUUGGAUCAUGCGAGGGUUUAGAGCCAUUGAGAAGUUACUCUCGACUUGUGCGGGGAAAUACUGUGUUGGUGAUGAGAUCACACUCGCCGACUGCUGUCUUGUGCCUCAAGUGUUUAAUGCACGAAGAUUUCAUGUGGAUCUCCGUCCGUUCCCAAUAAUACUUCGUAUAGAUCGUGAGUUGGAGAAUCACCCGGCAUUCCGAGCAGCUCAUCCAUCAUCACAACCUGACUGCCCGCCAGAAGUCGCCAAGUGA